AUGUGGCAGCAUUGUGGCUUCACGUUAGUAAUAAUUGCUAAUGCCUCUCAAAAGCGACCACCUUCACCCCCCACGGGUCAGCAACUGAAAGCUCUCUCAAAGUUACAUAUGCGCUGGCUGGGAUUUUUCACCAUCACCUCCCUUCUUUCACUGGCCGCCGCUGCCCCGACUGUGACAGAAACAGCUCAAAACGCAACCAAACAGCCCAAUUUCACCUACGUCGUACUCUACAACAACGCCGCUCAAGGGGCCGCUUUUCGAACCGGGGAGCUCUACUUCAAACCUGGUGCGGAUGCCUACCUCUACCCAAUCCAACUCCUGCCGGGUUACGACAACCUUCCUGGACACAGCAUUGUGUGGCAGAUGUAUAAGCAUGGAUCCGCCCCCGGAGAAUACACCUUUGUCAACAAGGACAGAGGCGACAAUCUGCUUUAUAGUCCAGGCAGCUUGAAUCUUGUCACCUCCUAUGGAAGAGGCCCUACCGUAUUCGAACUCCAGCCCGCGGAGGAUGGAACCUAUUUGAUAAAAAUCCCAAAUCAGGAUGCAGUCGCUCAAGCACUUGUCGACACACCCAAGGACUACACAAAAGACCCGGUGGAUAUUCAUUUCAGCCCACAGAACGGAAGCCCUUACCAACGUUGGACGAUUGGGAAAAUGGUUGGAGAUAGUGAUUGGGAGUGGGAGCCCUGGAACCCUUGA